GAGAUAAAAGAAAAAGAGAAGUGUUCUUGUGUAGCUCAGUGCGGUAUCUCCACUGUUGUAUUAUUAAAGAAAUAAAUAUAACUGGUAAAUAGUCCACAAAACUGGGGUAAAUAUAACUGGCAAAUAGUACACAAGACUGGGGUGGCCAUCUCUUUGUGCCUUUCCACACAACGAAGACUCAGUCGGCUACGCUACUGAGGUCGCCCGCAAGCCAAGAAGAACCGACGCCGAACUCUGGCAUGAUGGACAAGAAUAUAACCAUAGUUCUGGGUGAAAUCUCAGUUGUUGUUGGAGCAAUUAGAAAAACAUCAAGGUGGAACACACACACUCCCUUGAAUGAAGAGCAAGAUACUCUUUUUAGUAAAUUUAGACAACUCAAUGGAGUACUGAAUAACAUUAAAGAGCUUUCUGAUAUUGAGCCCAUUGAGUUUCAUAGACCGUUUUUGGAGGUGAUAAAAUCUGAAGAUUUUACAGGACCUAUUACAGAACUGGCUCUUAAAUCUGUAAAUAAGUUUCUGUGUUAUGGAUUAAUAGUUUCUAGUUGCAAAGGAGCAGCACAAGUGAUUAAUAAAGUAACUGAAGCAGUGACACAUGCCACUUUUGUAGGGACAGACCCAGCCGUUGAUGAGAUUGUUCUUUUGAAUAUUCUUCAGAUUUUGAAAACACUACUACUCGUUCCAGUUGGAGCCUAUCUCACCGAUGAAUCAGUAUGUGAUAUCAUAAAAUGUUGCUUCCAGAUGUGCUUUGACAUGAGUUUAAGUGCAUUAUUGAGGAAAUCUUGUGAGCAAACAUUGGUAGAUGUGGUACGACAUCUUUUCUUAAGGUUGAAUUAUUUUGAAGAGCAAGAAGCCAGAAGUUGUUACAGAGGCAAGAAGGAUAAGAUGGAAAAUCAAAGAAUGAAGAAUGUCCAUUCAACUUCAGUGGAAUCGAUUCCAGAAUAUAAAGAACAAAGCGGAUCAAUUAUGGGUCACUCAGAUAUAAUCUCUCCAGAGAAUGGGGGUGAUGUAAACCCCAGUGGAGUGAAAAGUAUCCAGUUAACACAGGGCGAAGGUUUAGUCUUACUCCCUUAUGGACUUCCAUGCAUUCAGGAGCUAUUCUGUUUACUUAUAUCUUUGACUAAUCCCCAUGAUAUUCAUAAUUCUGAAGAAAAUAUACAAGUAAGCUUGAUGCUUCUGACAGCGGCCUUUGAAACUGCACAAAUAUCCAAACAUGGAAUGUUGCUAGUCCUUGUUAAAAAUGAACUCUGCAGACAUCUUUUUCAGCUUCUCACAGAGCACUUGAAUCAUUUUGCUGUAACAAUUAGGUUAUGCUUUCUUCUCUUUGAAAAUAUGAGAGGACAUCUUAAAUUUCAAUUUGAGAUGUAUUUUAAAAAACUAAUGGACAUCAUUGCUGCAGAAAAUACUGGAAUACCAUAUGAAAUGAAAGAGUUGAGUCUGGGUGCAGUGGUUGAGCUCUUGCAUAUUCCUAGCUUUUUGCCGGAGCUUUACAUUAAUUAUGACUGUGAUUUCUAUUGCUCUAACUUAUUUGAAGAACUGAUCAAACUACUUUCUAAGAGUUCAUGUUCACUUUCUGGACAACUUUUUACUAUGAAUCUGCUUUCACUUGAAGCACUGAUAAUCAUCAUUGACACUUUAGCAGCCCAUUCACCUUCUGCAAGCUUGGUAAAUGUGCAGAAGGAAGAUGAAAAAGAUGUCAGACUUAUUACAGAAUUAAACUGUACUGAGCCUGGAUUGAUGCACUCUUACAAGAAUCCCCCCAUGUCUUAUAAACACCACAGCUCCAUCCUGACAAAUAACUACCCCUGGUCCCUUCGACUCUCCCCUCUUUUAGUUAAAGCAAAUACACAGAUAUGCAAGAAACUGCUUCGAUUUUCCUCCUUUUUACCAACUGCCCAGGAAGUUUGUGACAUAAAAAACAAAAAAAAGCUUUUGAUUGAAGGUACAAAACUAUUUAAUCAAAAACCAGAAAAAGGAAUCCAGUUUCUUCUAGAAUAUGGGUUACUAAACAGUCCAGUGAAUAACAAUGAGAUUGCUCUUUGGCUCAGAGAAAACCCAGGUCUAGAUAAGAAAAUGAUUGGAGAGUUUAUCAGUGAUCAGAAAAAUGAGGACCUUCUUAAGUGCUUUGUUAGGACCUUUUCAUUCCAUGGUCUAAGAAUUGAUGAUGCCCUGCGGUUAUAUAUAGAAGCUUUUAGGCUUUCAGGAGAAGCCCCUGUUAUUCAAAGGUUGCUUGAAGCCUUUGCAGACAUCUGGAAUGAAGCAAAUGGAUUUCCUUUUGCAUCUAAUGAUGCUACUUUUUUACUUGCUUAUGCUGUCAUAAUGCUUAACACUGACCAGCACAAUCGCAGCGCAAGGAAGCAAAACGUGCCAAUGACUGUGGAAGAAUUCAAAAAGAAUCUCAAAGGUUUAAAUGGAUCACUGGAUUUUGAUCAGAAUAUGUUAGAAGACAUCUAUAAUGCUAUUAAGAAUAAUGAAAUAGUUAUGCCAGAUGAGCAAUCAGGCCUUGCAAAGGAGAACUAUAUAUGGCAUGUUGUACUGCAUAGGGGAGCAACAGAAGAAGGGAUUUUCCUACAUGUUCCUCCAGGCUGUUGCGGUCUUGAUUUGUUCACAAUAAUGUGGGUUCCCACAGUUGCAGCACUCACCAGUGUCUUUGAUAAUAGCAUUUAUGAGUCUGUCACCCAGAAAACAAUGGAUGGAUUGCAGAAAUGUGCAUUAAUAUCAGUUGAUUAUGGUCUUAGUGAUGUUUUUGACAGUAUAAUAAUUUCCCUCAUUAAACUUACAACAAUUUGCAGUGAGUCUGUAGAUGAUCUUCCCAUUGCUUUUGGAAGUAAUGUUAAAGCUCAACUGGCUGCAAAAACUUUAUUCAAAUUAUCUCACAAUAAUGGAAAUAUUCUCCGUGAAAGCUGGAAAAGCAUAAUUGAUACGCUGCUCUGUCUGUUUCGUGCAGCGCUACUUCCUACAGCUAUAGUAGAGACUGAAGACUUUAUUGAACCUAAUGGAAAAUUCUCACUUCAAAGAGAAAAGACUCCUGCCAACAGGGAAGAAUCAUCCUUUUCAAAUUUUGUAAGCUGGCUACCACUAAUAAGUACUGAACAGUUUAGGUUAAGGGGUCGAGCUUCUGAAAACAACCAGACAAAGCAAACCGCUCUGGACUGCAUAAUGCAAUGUAAUCCUGAAAAGCUCAUAACUGAAAGUACUUUUCUACAACUGGAAUCACUUCAGGACCUAAUAAAGGUCCUUAAAUCUGUGACUCCAGAUGGUGGUACAUAUAAUGAAAAAGAUUCUGCUUUCUGUCUGGAAUUGCUGAUCCGUAUUGUACUUGGAAACAGCGAUAGAGUCUCAUGCUUCUGGCAGACAGUAAGAGACCACCUCUGUCAACUUUGUGUUAAUGCUACUGAAGAUUGCCUACUGGUGGAGCGUGCAGUUGUAGGUUUGUUAAGGCUUGCUAUUCGACUUCUAUGGAAAGAAGAAAUCAGAUCUGAGGUUUUAAUUUCAUUGAGAAUUUUUCUCUUGAUGGAAUUGAAUGUACAUUAUCAAGUAAGCCAAGAGAUUGCUUAUGGCCUUCAUGAAUUAAUGAAGACCAAUGCAGUCUAUAUUCACUCCAAAGAUGACUGGUAUACAGUUUUCUCGCUUCUUGAGUUUAUUGGAGCAGGAGUCAAGCCAUCUCCUCCACUUUAUGUAGUAACUGGUCCAGAUAUUGGUACAGGUAAACUGACAGAUUGCACGAUCAUCUCAUACAAUACUAAUAAAAUCUUCCAUAACUUGGAGAUUGAUGCUGGCCUAGAAAAACAACCAAUUAUGUCUCAAUGGAAAAAUGACAUGGAUGUUGCAGACAAUAACCAGAUGAUGGUUGAAGUAGAUGCAAGUAAACCUGUUGCUUUGGGUUUUAAAACAAAAUCUGUCUUGGAUAAACAGUCUAUCGUAACUCUAUGGCCAGACCAAAGACUUCAGGACAAAAAAUCAUUUAUCAAGUGUGUGGAGUCGCUGUCUUUAAUUGUACAAGAUGUUGUACAUGUAACACCUGAGAACUUGGAUCUCUGCAUCAAAACAUUACACAUUUUUGUAAAUGCCAGUCUAGUUGAGGGUUGCAAAGUUACACCUAAAUUCCCUACAGCAUCAAGUAAGCAACCAUCACAGUGCCACAGAGAUGAUGAAGAGGAUAAGAGAAUUUCUGACAGCUAUGACAUGGCAUCAUUGCAGCUGUUGGAUCUGCUUUAUGUACUUCACACACAUGCUGCCAAUAUCUAUUACUCCUGGGUGCAGACGACUGAUGGAAAUGCAAGGACGGACUCUUGGACCCUUUGGUCUAAAUGCUGGUGUCCCUUACUGCAAGGUAUUGCAUGGCUGUGUUGUGAUGCCAGACAGCGAAUUCGAAUGCAUGCCUUGACAUACUUACAGAAGGCUCUUCAGGUCUAUGACUUACAAGCUCUAGAUGCCCUGGAAUGGGAGUCUUGCUUUUACAAAGUUUUGCUUCCAUUGCUUAAAAAACUGCUAGAAAAUAUUAGUCCAGGUGACAUUAGAGGAAUGGAUGAAACCAGAAUUAAAGCUUGCACAUUACUCUGCAAGGUUUUUUUACAGCAGUUGUCCCCACUGGUAUCUUUAAAAACAUUUGCUACACUUUGGCUUACAAUCCUGGAAUUACUUGAUAAAUACAUGCAGGCAGGAUCCAGUGACAUGCUGUUGGAAUCCAUACCCGAAUUCCUCAAGAACUUGUUUCUCGUCUUGGGCACAGCAGGGAUAUUCACCUAUGGGAGAUAA